UAAGUAAUGUUAAAAACAUCUACUGCUAUAAUAAUUUUUUAAAGCUACAUUUAACAAAUAAUCUAGGUGUCGGAAGUUAAUUGUCAUAGCAAUACAAAAUGUCGUCGGCGGAGCAAGUGCCGCCGGAAAAUCAGAACAAAAUCGAAUUUCUUUUAGGAGAACUCGGGAAACAAGAAGGCGAGCUAGAGCGUGUGGAACAGCAGCCGACAGAGGACUCCGAUUCUAGCCUGGAGGAGAAGGUACGCAAGCUAAGGGAGAUCAAUUUGCAGAUAAAGCAAAUUAAUUCUCAGCGUCGUAGGAUCUGGACCCAGUUGCGAAUAGAGAUGGCGCAAAACGCGACCAUCGGCGAAAAUCUUAUCAUAUCGGACCUGCGCGCUGGCGUAAAUGGACUCAAUCAGCGCCUGGACAGAAUGUCGCAGGACAUAACCUGCUCCAUCUGCCUGACGCCCUGGACGGGUGACCAGGGUAGACAUCACCUGGUGUCCCUACGCUGCGGCCAUUUGUUUGGGAGCAACUGCAUCCACACCGCCAUCCGGCGGUACCAUCGCUGUCCGAUCUGCAGGCGCCGUGCUCGUCACAACGAUGUUCGCAGGAUAUACGGAAGAAGUUUUCUGCCACCUUAGUUGAAAACAUGCUUGGCUCCUUUUUUUGAGUUUUUCUUUAAAUUUUUAAUACGUUUUAUAACAUUUAAUGUUAAUUUAAAUUUAAAGUAAACAUUAAAACACCUU